GUCUGUAGUGUUAUCAAUUGACUGUGUGUUGUUGACGACAAUCGAAAUGUGCUCGUUCCAAACAUAUUUCGUGAGCGCGCUGCUAGUCGCAACAUCCUUCGCUGACCAGACCCAAUGGACGCCCUACAAUAUGAACUUGCAAGGGCUCGGCUACCAGCAGGCGGACCAGUCAGGGCAGCAGAGCAUCUUCGAUGCACAGCAUGAUCAACAGCUACAAGCGAGCGACUUCUCGGGUGGUUACGACUUUGGAGGUCACGGGGGCGGCUUAGGAGGUCACGAGAGCAGCCUCGGCGGUCACGAUUACGGCGGUCACGACCUCGGCGGUCACGGAUUCGGCGGUCACGAGCUGAAAGCCCAUACGUACCCAGUCCACGAGCACGUCGAAGAAGAGAACCCGGAACCGAUAAAACACUACAAAGAAGUAGUCGUUCCAGUUCCGAAGAACGUCGAGUUCAAAAUCAACCAGCCCAUCAUCAUACCGGUACCGCACCCCAUACCCAUACAGGUACCGGUACCAAAAGCGGUCGUCGUGCCAAUCGUGAAGGAAGUGUCCAUUCCUGUAGAGAAGUCUGUACCUUAUCCCGUAGAGAAGACGGUGCACGUUCCCAAAAUCAAGGAAGUGCCUUUUGAAGUAGUCAAGCACAUUAUCGUACCUGUGGAGAAACCGGUUCCAUUCAAGGUACCGGUCUACGAGACCAUAAUACACACGAAGAAGGGCUCGCACAAGAUCUAAUUUGUUGUUAAAGUGCAUUUGUUGUUAAUGCAUUUGUUGUUAAUGUAAUGUUAAAGUCUGUUGUUUGUUGCGUGCGACUGUUGUUGAAUGUUGUGUGCUAGUUAUUUUGUUGUUAAUAUUAUUCAAUAGAAAUUAAGGUACAAUAAAUAUAUUUUA